AUGUCACAAAAUAAACUUAUUAUAAACCCAACUAUUCCACUGGAGAUUAGAAAUUUGGACGAGGAUACAUUUGUCGAUAUGACCGUGCAAUCAAAUUCAAAAUCAAAGAAAAAGGGUUGGUUUGAAUAUAACGAUUACAGUACAAUCAAUUUACUAGCGAUUGGAUACUAUAAGGAUACAAACAAUAUUCUUUUAGGCAUACCAGAUAAUGAAGAAUAUUUAACGGUAGCCAGUAUACCAACACCCAGCAGUGUGAAUGUAGAUAAAUAUCUUAAUGGCAAUAGCGAAUCUUCAUCUGCACCGGCGACAAAUGCUAAAAUAGUAGAUUAUUCAAAUGUUAAAGCGAAUCUUACUCGAUUUAACCAACCAUUACCAGUAGUAGAGUUACAAAUUGUAUCUUUAAUUCUAUCAGAGAAACAAAGCAGUGGAUAUACUGUUGGAGUCAGUCGAGUGAAAUCAUUUGGAGAAGUUCAAGAUAUCAGUUCAGCUACACAACCAUAUCAACUCGAAGACAUCUACGAUACACAGAGAAUCUAUGAAUCAAAGCUAUAUCUCAAGAUGGUCACCACCAACAAUAUCAUAAGAACAAACAACGUCGACAAAGAGAUAUUUCAUAGAUUGGGAUAUAAAAUAACGAGUGACCAACGAUGUCUAGAUCCAAUAAUAAUGAUUAACUAUGUCGACUGUAGUAAACAAUGGUAUUGCAAAGAUCGGUGCAAUGUUGUAGCAUACAAUUAUUCUCUUCUCAGCAUUCUAACGAUGUAUGAAGAUUCUGUAAAAGGUGAAUCGUUACAACUUGGAAACCAUUUUAUUACGGAAAAAGAUAUCUUUGAUAAAAAACAUUCGAUUGUCUCGAUUGUGUGCUUAGAUAAAGAUAACAAAUUUUCGGUGGAAUCUUUUCGAAAGGGAUUCGUAGAUUCACUCUCGAAAAUUCAAAAUACAAAUAUUAUCCACAUCUUCAAAUCAAAUGAAAAUAUUAGUUACGAUAAUUAA